CUUCGAGGAGUAGAGCAUGCGCCUCUCGGAGCGCAUCAGACACCAAAUCGCUGUUAAGUGAGGCGCACAAUCGCUUGAUGCGUGCGCAGCCUCUUCGUUUUCAAAUGAUUUGUUUCGACUCCUGAACCCCUUUCCAAACUGGGAAAACCCUUCACUUUUCACUCUCCGACUGUCCGAAGAGAAGACGGCUACGCCGGCGCCCUUCUGAGUGAGCCCUCUCCAGUAUGUGACGAACAACGGCCACGCUGUCCAAUCGACGACGAAAUCCCGCGAUCCUCUCUAUUCUACGAUACCGGUUGCGCAGGCAUAGUGCUUUGCGUUGCCUACAUUGGUUCCUCCUUCUAUGAAUUGCUUGAUCAUAUCAUGAGUGGUGUUGGAGCAGCGAUUGUUUGAGUAUAUGGCCGUCUGUUCGAUUGCAAAGAGGAAGGCAUGGCUACUCAUUUUCUCAUCUUGGUCACGACAGUUUCCGGCAUCAAGAUUUGCCACAAAUUUCGAAAGAAAUGAUAGAGGUUCAAAGCUUCGAAGCUUCCAUGAUAUUCUUCCUCCAAGGGCAUUUAGUUCUGUUUCUCUAGUCUCUUUUCCGCCUUCGGAUUGUUCGUCGAGCUUGUCCAACUCAAAUGAGACCAAAGUAGAGUUUGAUUCCCAUCAUGGCAAAGAAAUGGAGGAAACAAAAGGAAAGAGAACCCAAGCAAAGUUGAAGAGGGUGGACUUCCGAACAAUAGAAGUGGAUAUGCUCCCAACUGUUGUGAUCCUUGGGCGCCCAAAUGUGGGCAAGUCUGCGUUGUUCAAUCGUUUGAUAAAAAGAAGGGAAGCUCUUGUGUACAACACUCCUGCUGGACAUGUCACUAGAGACAUCAGGGAAGGGGUCGCCAAGCUGGGGGAUCUGCGAUUCAAGGUGCUGGACUCGGCUGGACUGGAGACGGCUUCAUCUCCUGUCGACAUUCUCAUGAGGACAUCGGAGAUGACACGGAAAGUCCUUCCAAAGUCGGCUGCUGCUAUAUUUCUGAUUGAUGCAAGGGCCGGACUGCAACCAUUGGAUAUGGAUGUUGGGAAGUGGUUGCGGAAGCAUGCUCCAUCUGGAACCCCGAUCAUCCUUGCGAUGAACAAAUCUGAGUUACUUGAUGAUGGAAGUGGAUCUCUUGCUGCAGCAGCAGGGGAGGCUCAUGCAUUAGGAUUUGGAGAACCUCUACCAAUUUCUGCCGAGACAGGGUUGGGGAUGGCCGAUCUUUAUGAGAUACUUCAUCCUUUGCUUGAAGAAUAUGUGCUUCAGAAUAAUCAGAACUAUCACGACAACCUCACACCCCUGGACAACGUCUCAAAUACUGAGGAUGGUGAUGCACCACUGCAGUUGGCAAUAGUAGGAUGCCCGAACGUGGGCAAGUCCACUUUGCUAAAUGCUUUGCUGUUAGAUGACCGCGUUUUAGUGGGACCUGAGUCUGGCUUGACCAGAGAUUCAAUUAGAGCUCAUUUUUACUUUCAGGGGAGAAAAAUAUACUUGGUAGAUACUGCAGGUUGGCUGCAGAGAACAAAACAAGAGAGAGGACCUGCAUCCUUGAGUAUUGUACAAUCAAGAAAACACCUUAUGAGGGCAAAUAUUGUUGCUUUAGUGCUUGAUGCAGAAGAGAUUGCUAAAGCCAAAUGCAGCAUGAGACAUGCUGAAGUCGUCAUAGCCCGCCGUGCAAUUGAAGAAGGAAGAGGGCUGGUUGUGGUUGUGAACAAGAUGGAUCUCCUGAGAGGUAAAAAAGAUCCAAAGUUAUCUGAAAAGGUAAUCACAGCUGUGCGUGAAGAGAUUCAGACAGUUCUGCCUCAGGUCACAGGCAUACCUGUUGUGUUUGUUUCAGCGUUGGAAGGGAGAGGCCGAAUGGCAGUUAUGAGAAGGGUAAUUGAUACUUAUGAGAAAUGGUGUUUAAGGUUACCAACUGCACGCCUUAACCGUUGGCUCCGAAAGGUCAUGAGCAGGCAUUCAUGGAAAGAUCUAGCUUCCCAACCAAAAAUUAAGUACUUCACACAGGUUAAGGCUCGUCCACCUACUUUUGUUGCUUUCACAAGUGGAUCAGUACAGCUCUCAGACACAGACAUCAGGUUUUUGAUGAAGUCUUUGAAAGAAGACUUUGACAUGGGUGGCAUUCCUAUCCGCAUUAUUCAGCGAAACAUUCCCCGGAAAACGGGACACACCUUUAAGGAAUCAGGUCCUAGAACGACAAAGUUUGUAAAAGCUGUUGCCUCAGACAAAAGAGUGUUGUCCAGAGAAUCACCUCUUGAAGCUGCUUAGUUUUUCUCUUAUUUAUUUGUCCAGAUUUUUUCUUUUAAAGUGUAGAAGAGGGUGUUUUGGCAGGUGAAAACCUAGUUGUACAGCAUGAAAUGGUGUCACCUGAUCCCCUCUCUGUGCGGGAGGCUAUGGUCAUUAGCUCCUCAUUUUUGUUGAUUGUAGCACAUCUGCAGAUGCGAACGAGGCUGUCUACUGCGGUGAUUCCCUUUUCUCCUUAUGACAGGUGCCUUUGGAUUUUUACCCAAUACUUGAACUGGCACAUUAGUACAAUUCCAUAUCCGGCAUGGUGUUGGUGCCUAGUUUGGUGCGAAUUGCAGCUUCCUCCAUUUGAAAUGAUACUGUUUCUUGGGAACAACGUAUAUGUUCUGAGAGAUGACAAAUAAUGAAAAACUCAUAAAAGGAUGUUCUGGUUGUACCGAAACCACCUUUGUACUUGGAGAAAGAGGCAUUUUCAUAAA